ACCGGAAGUGGGUGAAAUUAUCAGGAACGCCUGCCAGUAACUGUCAGUUUCUGAUCGCUAAAGCUGGGAAUCAGUGUACGCGAUGCGAACUUGGUAUAAUGUACCUGUUGAAUAGUAACCGGGUCUUGGUGACGAAGUAUCACGGAAAAUAAGAGAUCCUCACCAUUUGUCAAGAGAGUUUGUGUCACACAAAGAAACAGUGGCGUUGGGGGCUGGAGCCAGUUCUCUGCUUGUCCUCUUCCAAACAACAUGAGCACUGUCCAGAGAAGGAGGCACAUCAAUUCUUCUGGGUCCCGGCGACCCACCAAAAGGAGUAGGGGCACCAGUAUGCCCUCCCGGAGAGGCCCUGAUUCUAGCAGGCACAACGGCGCAGUUGUGGUCGACCUGACCUGUGAAGCCCUCGAGCCUCCUGUGGUGGACCUGACUACCGGCGAUUCGGUGGUGCUUGUUGAUGAACGAUCAGGUUCUCAGGGUGACCGUGGCGCUAGCAGCGAGAGCUAUGUGCUGAGCAGUGGUGAAGAGGACGAAAUGACUUUCCCCAGCAGAACUGCCUUCCUCUCAGCCCUGGAGUCCAAUAGCAGAGCCAGGUCCACACCGGGAACCAUCAGCUGUCCCAUCUGCCUGGAAACCUACGGGGAGAUCGUGGCUAAUGGAAGGCUGGUGGUAUCCACCAGGUGUGGUCACCUGUUUUGCAGCCAGUGCCUCCGGGACUCUCUGCUCGAGUCUCACACCUGCCCCACUUGCCGGAAGCGACUGACCAACAAGCAGUACCACCCAAUAUACAUCUGAAGCAGCAAGACCUCAGCCCCUGGGAAAGCCAGUUGGGAAGGUGCAGUUUAAUGUUUGCACUUGGGUACCAACAAGCCACUUCUGCAAGGGUGCAAAGUGCCAGCACAGAUCAUGGUCUUGCCAAUUAAUUGGAAUUUCAACUUGCACAACUAGGGGGGCCACCACCCCCAACUGCGGCUAUGCCUGGAGAGCCUACAACACUGGCUGUGCUGAUUUCUGUUUUAAUCUGAUUUGUCUGAGAUCUUUUUCUGGACAUUUUCUUUAUAUUGUAUCAUCUUUGUGACCAGUUGAAAAAGAUGUAUCUGUCCCUAUUGCUCAGGAAGUUAUACUGGGGGUAUAAGGCCCAGGGUGGCACAUUGCCCUCUGCUGGACAGACUGCUGUGCUGCCAUAGUCUUAUUUUUGUAAAUAUUUGUAGUUGCUUUGUAAAUAUGGUACCACUAAGUUAAGGAUUAGUGACAAUAUAAAGAAACAUUUUUUAAAGCUUUGGGCAUAUCAUGACAUCUUUUAGAUUUCUAAAAAUCCUUGGUGCCUGAAAAAUAUUUAAUUAUGCAACAUACGUGAAUGAGUUUUAGGUAUAAAUGUGAACUGUUGAUUGUUUUUUUUUGGGUGAGUGUGUGUGAGUUUUGAUAAUAAAUGACCUGCGUGUGUUGACUUUGAAAA